UGACCAACUUACAGGUAAACAUCCGGGUCACUCGUGACUAGAUGCGCGCCAUUACGAGAGAAGCUACAGCGAGUGUGUGUGUAGGGGUCUGACGAGGUGACGUACACGCGGUCAGUCGAAGGCGGCGAGCACAAUGAGCGUCACUCACCUGAUGGCGCGGGCUGUACGCUCUGUGGUCACAGUUGUUGUCUUCAUCCUCACCCUUCAUCUCAUGUUCACUGCGCAUGCCCAAACAGGUAACACUGUAACGUGUGACAUUCCUUCAGUGGAACCAUUGGGCAGUACGUCAGUCACGUGUCACUUCCCUGAGAAUGUCAAUCAGACGAGGAGGAUCAUCACUAUCUCUUUCUAUAAAGGCGCACAAUAUACAGUUUCAAAUGAAAACGAUAUUUUGGACUGCUGGUGGAUGUCGGGAAGAAUGGACUGUGACGUCCAACCAGGAUACAAAUUUAACAGAAUAAUAUCUCACGAAAUCACCUUGGAGAUCCCACGAGUUUCUACAAAAGACAUUGGAGGAUAUGCUUGCAAGCUUUCUAACAUGAAUCCAAAAGAUAUUAAACCCUGCGAACUGAAGAUAAAGCUAGAAGGGAAGACGAUGUGUGACGUUCCUUCAGUUCCACUGAACUCACGAACGUCACUAACUUGUUACUUGCCAGAGGAUCUCAGCAAGAACACAGCAGACUUCAGUGUUUACCAUCAAUCCAGCCGUAGAGAGCCAGUUAGUGUAAUGUCCUGCAAGAGGAUCGGAGACCAUCGGUCCUGUAACACGAUUGGCGGCUACGAGUUCGAUCAGACCGUGAGAAACUACCUGACUGUCGGGAUCCCUAAUGCACAGGAGGAUCAAGAAGGAUCCUACAGCUGUCACUAUACAAGUAGUUCACCUGUCCGCUAUGAGAACUGCUCUCUCACUUUGACAACAGUGACCUCCUUCUGUAACAUUUCAAGUGUUGUGGAGACAGAACCUGCAUCACUCACCUGUACAUUCAACGUUGAUGUCAAUGCAACAAAAAAUAAUUUCUCACUGGUCCGUAUCGGUGGCGCUGACAAUAAAGGUGUCGCCACUGUCACCUGCACCUGGCUAAAGGACCAGCUGAAGUGCACCACAGCCCCGGGGUACGAGGUCAACAACACUGUCACAGAUCACCUCGUCAUCAGAGUACCGCGAGCGUCACGUGACCACACCGGCACAUACGCUUGUCACGUGAAUGGCUCUAAAGUCAACGGCUUCCAGUCCUGUGAAUUUAUCCCAAAGCCAGUGACCUCCUUUUGUAACAUUUCAAGUAUCACAGAGACGAAGCCAGCAUCACUCACCUGCACAUUCAACGUUGAUGUCAAUGCCACAAAAAGCAACUUGUCACUGGUCCGCCUCGGUGGCGAUGAAAGUAAAGGUGUCGACAUUGUCACCUGCACCUGGCUACAGGACCAGCUGAAGUGCACCACAGCCCCGGGGUACGAGGUCAACAACCUUGUCACAGAUCGCCUCGUCAUCAGAGUAUUGCGAGCGUCACGUGACCACACCGGCACAUACGCUUGUCACGUGACAGGCUCUAGCAUGGACGGCUUUAAGUCCUGUGACUUUAUCGUGAUACCAGAUGUACCUGCCGUAGUUCUGACUGUAGCCAUCGCUGUACUCGUGUUCAUUCCUGUGUCGUUAGUCAUCGUCUUCCUGGUUUUCAAAUGUAAACAAAGGAAAGAGCUGGAAAAGAAAGCGACAACACAUGUUCGCUCUGAAGAAAUCCCACUGAUGUCACCUGAAGAAAACAAAAGCAGCUCACCACCAGUCUUAUCAAAGGAAGAAUUGGAAGCACGAGGAAAACAAGAAGAGGAAUUCUGGGAGCAGUGGGUUGAGGCGGCAUUCCCUGAUCUGGACUCUAGUGUCUACUUCCUGCCUCCUGUACACGUCAGCCGCGUGCCGACGACACAAGAGUCUGUUGCUGGUCAGAAAGUUCUCGUCCUUCAGUCAUCUCGACAGGUAGAUGAGUCCAACCAGACGAUGACAACUGCAGUUAAGGACAGUGAUGUCCGACAUGAUGCAGCCAUGCAAAGAAUCCUUCUAUGUCUGGAGAGAAUGUUUAAACAGAAGAGAGAAGUGGUUGUUGGAGUGAGUCAGCUCCUGUUUGACGACUACCUGCGUGAAUCUCGUUAUGCUGACGUGGCAAGAAGACUUCCCCUACCCGUCAGACACUCUGAUCUGGGACAGGAAUGGAAACCAGGGGACAUCGAUGUACUUCUUAUUCAUCAACAGUACGGUCUUGUCAUCUGUAAAGUGAAAGCUUUUGGUGCUAAAGUAAAUGAACACAGCGAAUUGAAAAAGGAGAGCGCAGAGAAAACUCACACAGAGAUUAAAAACAAUCUUCAGGAGGCCAUCCAACAGCUGGACAGAGCGGGAAACACGGUGUCAUACCUGGCUAAUGACGUCACUCCCAGUCUACGUGUCACUAAGACGAUCGCACUCCCUAACUUGACGGUUAGUCAGCUACAACAGGUGCUCAACAAUGACCCCGAGCUGACUCAGGGCCUGUGUCGGUGUCUGGGAACAACAGACCCCGCUGACAUCGCUGGUCUGUGUCUGUGCUGUGGCCCUAUAGACGGUCUUACUGAGAUUGAUGUUCAGGGUGACACACAGCAUCACGAAUGUUGCUAG